GCAGAGCUAAAUCAAAAUGGCGGAUCAUAGCUCCUUCUCAUCCUCCUCCUCAAAUGACACCUCCUCUAAGAGAGACCCCUACCAGCUCCAGUCUUGGACUGAUCAAUCAGAUUCCAGCACUUUUUACGAGGAGUCCUGGCCUCAUGUAGCCACUCCCCCUGUACAUGUAGUUACCAUGGAAACCAGCGACACUCGUCCAGUGAUAGCUCGGUACAUUCACAGGUUUAGGACCACGCCCCCCACAUCAAGAGAGGGACGUUCCCGUGACACUGACGGUCAGUUCUGGUGGAAGAAAAAAGAAAAAAUGAAUCAACCAAUCAGAGUCGAUCAAGAAAGCAACACUAAAGCAGCAAGGAGUGUUUCUAGGGAUGAGUCUUUAAAAGAAAGAGCCGGUAUAGCUUUAGAGAAGAGUUCUAGUUUACUGUCUGCUCGCUCUCAAUCACAUGAGGAUCAACUGACCUUCAAAACAAGGACACAUUCGCUUCAUUUGUUUACAGAACCCCUCUCCGAAGUCAGCUUGUCUGAUGAUGAUGCUACCCAAGACGAAACACAUUUAAAGAUCAAGAGAAAUGAUGACAUUCUUUACCAAUGGAGGCUAAACAGACGCUUAGAAGAAGCAAGGAGGGACGUAGCAGCUGCCAAAAGAGAGAGACAAAGAAAAGAAAUAAUAGAACAGUCAAAUAAAGAAAAUUACUCUUUAUCACGACUUCAUAAUAUGCAGCCAUCUUGUCAUAAAAACUGCACCUUACCAGUAUCAGCUAGUAGGGGUGGUGGCCAUUGUGGUCCUUUGGUCCAGCUGGAGAGAGAAGAGAGGAGGAGAGAGGGUGAAAGUGAUGGAGGUCAACUUGAAGAGUUACAUGAUGACAGUUUUGAUUCGAGUCUCUCUUCAUUCAGCAGUUCCGUUGCCUGCUCUGAAAGACCCUUAGCUCAAAGAAAGGAUAUUGAUAAGUUAUUGAGUGAGACAAUCAAGGCUCGUCUGUUUGUUUAAACACACAGUCAUUUUCCCAGCACAUUAUAUCCAGGCUGGACUCUCUCCUAAUUAGACGAACCAACACACAAACAAGCCAUCAUGUCAGGCUAGACUUGAAGGCACUGACAGAGCCUGGCUGUCUCAGGGAGGCUCACCAUUAAUUGGUUAAUGAGUAAAGAUUAAGACUAAACAAUAUUCAGUAAAGUAUGUUAGCAGUUUUGUAAUGUUUAGCCAACAGUCACUCUCUCACCUCAAACCAGUGGGUGGUGGCUGAAUGCUGGAGAUGAGGUGUUUAUGCUUAUGUUGGACCUUAUGGUGUCUCUGAAUGUUAGGAUAUCUGUCUUUUAGUAGGCCUAAAGUCUCGCUCUGUUUCCAUCGUGUAGUGUUGUUGAGAAGAUAAUCAAUAUCCGCUCUAGUCUAAACUUUUCUCUUAUGAUGUACAACUCACAUUAAACAUGAGACACUUUUACCUUUUAUUUUUCACUUCUUUUCCUCCCUCCCUCUCUCUCUCUCUCUCUCUCUCUCUCUCUCUCUCUCUCUCUUGUAUUACUUAAUGAGAACAUUUUAACCAUCUAA